AUGGUCGGAGUAGAAUUCAUUGACUACCUGAAGAAGCUUCAGGUGUCAGAAUUCCUCGGCGUUGAGGAUUUUGCCGACAAGAUGAGCUUCAUGUACUCCGUCGUUAUCCUGCUUCUCUGCACAACAAUUAUCGCGGUUAAGCAAUAUCUCCUGGCUUCUAUAUCCUGCUACAUCCCUACAACGCCCUCUGGAUCAGAUUUCGACAAAUUCUUGGAGAAUUACUGUUGGGUACACGGCACUAUACCGCUGUUAGCUGGCGACCAAAUUCCACAAAAGUACGAGGACUGGCAUAUCCUAGACAUGAAUCACCGAAUCAGUAAGUAA